UUGGUGCUUGCCGAGUGGUGACGUUGUGUUAGUUUUGUAUGAAAAAAAUGUUGGAGUUUUACACGAAUUUGAAUCCUGGAUUGCUGCAGGACGGCAUGCAGCCGCCGCUCUCGUGCUCGGGCAGAACAGAGUUGAGCGCCAGCAUCAAACGGGAGAAAAUCGUGGAAAUCUGUGAAGGAUGCGGCCAGAAGAUACAGGACCGGUACCUGAUGAGAGUGGGGGACCUCUCCUGGCACGAGCACUGCCUCAGCUGCUGCGUCUGCGGGUGCCCCCUCGCCCACACCUGCUACACCAGAAACGCCAAACUUUACUGCAAACCCGAUUACGAUAGAUUGUUCGGCGUCAAAUGCACCAGAUGCGGCGACAGACUCCUGCCCCAAGAGAUGGUGAUGAGAGCCCAGCAGUACGUCUUUCACAUACAAUGCUUCGUCUGCGUCAUGUGCUGCCAACCGCUCCAGAAAGGAGAACAAUAUGUCAUCAGAGCCGGACAGAUAUUCUGCAGGCAGGACUUCGAAAAAGAAAUGUACCUGAUGCAGCACGCUGAAGACGACAUGAUUAUUGACGAUUCGGACCGACCUCGUGACGGAAGGCGGGGCCCGAAACGCCCAAGAACAAUACUGACUUCAGCACAACGGAGGCAGUUCAAAGCGUCUUUUGAAGUCAGCCCAAAACCGUGUAGGAAGGUUAGAGAAGCGUUGGCUAAAGACACUGGUCUAAGCGUCAGGGUGGUCCAAGUCUGGUUCCAAAACCAGCGGGCUAAGAUGAAAAAGAUCCAGCGCAAGGCGAAGCAAGAGGGAGACAAGAACACAGAGAAGGAGAAGGACAAGGAUGAGAAGAGCAUUAAACAAGAGUCUCCGUCGAGCGAACACGGCAAUUACUUGGGGUUGGAUGGGUCAUAUUCUGCGUCGAGCCAGCCCCUGAAUCCCAAUCUGCCAUAUUCUCCUGAUGAUUACCCGGCCCAUUCCGGCGACAGCUUUUGCAGCUCAGACAUAUCCUUGGACGGGAGCAACUUCGACCAGCUAGACGAAGGCGCCUCUGACACCAUGAGCCUUCAGAACCUGGAAGUGCAGCAUCACCCACACCAGCACAGCGGGCACCAGGGUCACGAGCCCUUGAAUCUCGGCACCGGAGCUGUUGUUAACCCUAUAGAUAAGUUGUACCUCAUGCAGAAUUCUUAUUUCAGUACGGAUCAUUGAUUCGCUGGGAGCCGUGGCGGGAGGAGAUCCAGGGCUGGCCACAGAGCCCAUCAUUCUGCCAUGGACCUGUGCACCAAGUCCACCGCCACGGCUACCAUUGUUUCGCCAUCAUUUACCGACACCAACGCGCUUUUGGCUUCAGCUCUCAACCUCAACAAGUAUUACGAGCAGUAUUAAUGUCCUUGUUUAAAGUUAAUGAAAUCAGAAUUAUAUAAUCUGUGGCGCGGCUUGGGCCAUCGUUGCCGGCGACGGAAACAUUUUUUCUGCCCCUUUCAUGUCAUGAAAAUUAUGGUGUAUGAAAUAAAUAAAAUUGUAAUUAUUUCAAAAUCAUCAUUGUUCUCAUUGUAAAAGCCUCUUGUACAUAUUUUGCAGAUCUGUGUUUGAAAACAUGUUAGAUUGUGUAUAUAAAUAAAAGACAUGACGUGUGUAUGUGUUUUGAAUGAAUUGAAGGUGUACAAACUUUCCUGUUAUACAGUUUUACUAGAUAAUUACGAAUAUAACUAUUUGCUGUUAGUAUUUCCGAGACUGUCUCAAGAAGUUCUAAGCACUUUGCAAUUGUGUAACAGUAAACUGAAUCACUGAUGUUACUUUCAGAGGCUCCUGGAUAUCGAUUUUGCUAAUCGCGUCUCAAUAGUAGUGGUUUUUUAAGAACUGUGUAUUAAGCUUAACAUUUUAAUUAAAUGUGAUGAUUAAAUUUACUUUUGGCGAAUAUAAUUCUUAGAUAAUAAGUGUAAAUACUGUACAGAAAUCCUAAUUAAAAUUACUAAUUUUAGUACACAAUGUGGCUUUUGUUGCCAAAAUUAUAUUGUAGAAUUCCUGUUUAGCCAAAUGAAAAUUACUGGAAACGAAGCUUUUGCUGCAUGUAGUGGUGUUAUAUAUUGUAAAUAGUAAAACAAUCUGUAGUUAUUUGUUAAGUAUUGCGAUGAUAAUAUUCUAGUCAAUAGUAUACGCUCAUAUUUGAUGUAAAGAUCUGUAUGUAGGUCAUAUAAAUUAUAGGUAAAUAGUUAUUGUGUUUUGUUAGUUCGAAAAAUAUUAUUUAAUGAAAAAUGAUAAAUCAGACGGAAUCAUCAAUUUUUUUGUUAACACAGAAUAUAUACAAAUUGACUGAAGUUGUUUAUAUUGUAUUUUAACAAAAAAAAUGUGUAUAAUAAAAAAUAAGACAGCCAUGCCAUACGUAAUAUUCACUUUCACCGAUAAAUCGCGUAAUAUUUUCCAUGCAUACCUACAAAUACAGGCCUACCUAUAAAUUUACUAGGAUACUUUAAUAUUUACAUGAUGAUAAUUAUUGUCUUGUACUUAAAUUAUAUACUAGCAAAACCCUGACUGCUGGAUUUAUGAAGUGUUUUCCCUGAGACGUUAAUUACCAUGGCAGUAUAUGUACUUGGGUGGAGAAACACAUGAUAAGUAAAAACUUACUUUGGGGCUAGCUCAAUCUGUGUGAUUUGUCCUAAUAUUUAUUUAUUAUUAUUAUCAAUACAACACACUUCCAUGGUGAUAAACUAAAUACUACCUAUAUUAUUGUCCUUUUUAAAACGAAUCUAGUCAAAUGCUUGUAAAUCAUUUGUUAUUAUUAAUAUUGAUGUGAAACUAGGUCUUAUCUCUAUACACUUAGACCAUGUAAUUUUAUA